GUUGACCUGCGCACGGUUAGAGGUGGAAAGAGGAAGUCCGGAAGAUUCCUGUCAGUAGUUUGCAUGCAAACAAAGUAAGCAGAUAAGCUUUGAGUCGGAGCGGCGUGACGCCAAGGUCAGACGACAGCGAUGGAGAAAGUUCUUCUGGCCAUCUUGGCCGCCUCAGGUGAGUCUCCGGGACACGUCACUGGUGCAAGUCUGACCAGGAUGCUUGCAGGCGUGUGUGCCGUGUCGUCGGCUGCUCAGCGCCGCUUCUUCCAUUUCGUCUACGAGCCCAAGAGCUGGAAGGAGGCCCGGCUUCAUUGCAGGGCGCGGCAUCAGAACCUCGCCAGCGUGGACGGCGAGGAGCACGUCAAGGCCAUCAUGGCCUGCGUGGACCCCUGCCAGAUGCCCGCCGGAGAUCAGCACGCCUGGAUCGAGCGUCACGGCGACAGGCUGGACUGGACGUGGUCGGGGUCGGGGCGACGUCUCCACAAGAGCAGGGACUUCCAGCGUUGGGCGCCAGGAGAACCCAACAACUGGCGGAGCAACGAAUAUUGUGUCGAGAUGUACAACAAUGGCCGCUGGAAUGACUGCGAGUGCGGAGGUCGUCUUCCUGCUGUCUGCGUGGACCGCACAGGAGCGCAUUUCCUCAUGGACGUGCGACAGACCUGGGCUCAGGCCCGAGCGCACUGCAAGAAGAAGUACCUGGACCUGGCUAACGUGACCAGCAGCAAGACAAACCAACUCAUCAAGGAGAAGCUUUCUGGCGUAGAGAGCGCUUGGAUCGGCCUUUCCCGGGAAACCGGACAACCCGACAGCGUGGACAGGUCCUGCCUGGUGGCGGAUCUUAAGGACGCGGCGCGAUGGAAGGACUGGAACUGCCAUUCCAAACACGCAUUUAUUUGCCACGAAGAUGUUGAGCUGAAGUCAUCACAACUGGUUCGGGUGAGUGUGGUGUGGAAGAACUCCUCAGUGGACCUCAGUGAUGCUGCAGUGAUGGAGGGCAUCUUAAAGCAGCUGCAUCAGCGUCUGCAGCAGAGCGCCCCAAAACAAAAGGUCAAGCUGAGCUGGGACCGCCAGUGGGAUGGAAAAGUCUUCCAUGAGAAGACCAACAGGACAAUAAACUAGCCUGCUGGUGUAAACACUUCAAGGGUCUUCAUUAUACUUAGUACAUCGAUGAGUUUAGAUGUCAAUUGGUUUUGUUUUAGUCAUGUUCGGUUUUGUUUUUGAACUUUUUGUGCACUUUUGUUUUGUCACCAUAGCAACCAUUAGUUUUCACCUGUCACGUCACGCACCUGUUGCACGUUUUGAGUCACGCACCUGUUUUCGUUAAUCAUGUCUAUAGUAUUUAAGUUCAUUGUUUUCAGUUUGUCGUUCUGACGACAUCCCGCAUUUACACUCUCCACACACCCUUAUGACCCAUGCUGCGCUUUUUCAUGCCGUUUUUUCAUCCAAGUAAGUUUUCUUUAUUCAUGCCAUAGUUUGCAAGUUUUGUUUAAUUGUUCAUAGUUUCUGCUAGUGAUGGGUUGAUGAGGCGUCAUGAAGCGUUUCGACACAUUGCAAAACUGUAUUGAUACUGUGUCGAUACUGUGUCACUAAAUACUGACAUCUG